UUCUAAACUUGACCCAUAUUUCAGAUGCGUUUCAAUCUCGUUUGGUUAGGGAGGAGCAUAGCGAGCGUAUGCAUAUAAAUUUAGACGACUUCGAUAGAUCACGUUCUGAACGAGUUCUUUACUUGAAGAAGGCGCCAUGUUUAAACUGGUGGUUAUUUGUGUUUUGCUGUCUGUGGCUAUAGCCCAGUAUCGGCCCGGACCCGCUCCCCAGCCCCACGGAGGUGCUCCGGCCUAUCAACCAGCUCCUCAACAGUACAGCGCCCCUGCUCCUCAAUCUUACAAUGCUCCACAGCAGUACAGACCCGCACCAGCUCAGCAAUACAGACCAGAACCAGCGCAACAGUAUAGACCAGCACCCCAAGCAGCUGCCAGCAGUGGCCACUAUGAUCCCAGAAAGGACGAUCCUUAUUAUCAGGACACUCCCCCUUAUAUUGAUGUCGAAAGAUUGUCUUACAAUAUCGGUACCGCCAAACGAAACUAGGUUGCUCCUAGAGUAAUAACGAAUUUUUGUCUAAAAAAGUAACAAGUGUUGCGCUGCUAAUUUGCUUUCAGAGAACUUCUGUUCUAUCAACAAAUUACUGCAUAUCGGUAAACAGGAAAUGCUAUUGACGAGCUCUUUCUCAUUUCGUGUCUUUGUUACGCAAGUUUCGUAUGAAAAUAGUUGGAAAAUUGGUUAUCUUGAAAGAACAUCAUAAUGUUUUUUUUUUUUUUUUUUUUUUUUUUUAAUUUACGGGGUUUUUUUUUCAUUACUGAACUGGAACAUAUUUCCCCAUAUUUGUUCUUCGCCAACAUCUAGUUUAUUUCUAAUUAUUCUCUGCUGGAAUUUAGAGCACUUCCUUUUUUUUUUAACCUUUCUUGUGUUAAGAAGAAUUUUGUUUGUGUAUUUAGUUUGUUUUUUUAUAAACUUCAUUAGCAAUGUUUAAAAUUUAGUAUCCAUUAUUUUCCUCAAUCUUUCAUUUCGAAAAAUUUCUUCCAAUUCUUUCUAUUCUUUGUCACUGUCUUUGGUUCUGUCGCAAAGGAACAUGAAUUUCUUUUCAUUUUCUUAAUUUAGUCUAUUUUUCUGCCUCUCUUAUCUUUCUUUUAUUGAAUAACGUUUCGUUUACAGUAAUAUUACAAAAAGAACUGCGAUAUUCUUUGUUGAUAACCAAUCCAACGCAUGGCUACAGUUUAAUUCUGAAUGAUUUCAGUGGUUAAAACUACCCUUGGUUAUGCGAAUUAAAUACCUUUUGAGAUGCCAAAGCGCUAAGUAAAGCAAAAAUGAAGACAAUAUAUAUGAUUUGCUGACUCUUUUUUCUGUAAAAAAAGCUAUCACAGACCUAUUAGCAUUUUCUACUUCUUGAAGCUUUGCCAAUUUUUUUUCUGUGAGAGCAUUUACAGUAUUAUUUGCUUCUACUAAAAUUGAAACAAAAUGAUUUUUCUUUUUUAUUGCGAAUACUGUUUCAAUGCCAUUAGGUUGCACUAGUUUUUUUCAAAACAACAUCUUUCUGGAAAAAACAAAUGCAAUUAUUCAAAAGAGUUAUGUACUUUUAAAGUUCUUGACCCCAUUGCGUUUAUUUUGCUUCAAGCUGCAAAAACUAGUUUUCGCUUGAAGAAUUCAUUGUGAUCCUAAGUCAGAUGUGAACUACAAGUUUAAAAAACAUGUAAAAAUAAUAGUUGCCAAUUUUGUCUGUGUAAAAAAAUAAAAUAAAUUAUAUAUAUAUUACCUUUAAA